AUGUGAAUAUGCUGGAAUUUCACAAUCUGUAAUAGUCCUGUCCCUGUUGUUAUCCCUCUUUUUCUUUAUUUAUUAUCUCUAGAUAAUCUUUUGGAAGGGAUUCUGUAAAUCUCUUGCUUCUCCCACCCCUCACCUCCACCCUACUGAAUUAAAUGAUGAUAUCUCCUAUUCAUGGUUCAAAAACGAACUACCAAGUAGGUGUUUCUGAAUGCGAUUCUUGAUAUCUGGAGCUUGAAUCAUUUUACCUUCAAAGAACAUCAAUCAGAGGUAUAAAAAUGAGCCGGAUUCAGAAUGGAAAAAACCGAAAUCCUGAGAAACCUAUUUCAGGAUGCUUGGGAAGAAUGGUGAACCUGUUUGAUUUAAAUACUGGUUUGGGAGGGAACAAGCUCCUUACAGAUAAGCCACAUCAUGAUGGAAAUGGAACACCCAUAAAGAUGCUAAUUGCACAAGAAAUGUCAAAAGAAGAUGAAUGUAAGCAGAGUCCAUCUAAUUUGGUUGCGAAGCUGAUGGGGCUGGAUGCCCUCCCACAGCAGCAUCAACAACCUGUUUCAGCUUCAUGCAGGAGCCAUUCAAGACAUUCAAGGAGCCAAUCUGAAUCCUUGGACACACAAUCAAAACAUGAGAUCACAAAGUGUCCUGAACAGGAAGAAUACAAAGAUGUUUUUGAAAUAUGGCAGCAACAUUACAAAGAAAGAUGUAGUGAAAAACAGAGUGAGAGUAAGAUGGAUCUUAUCAGGGAAAAGUUCAUGGAAGCCAAACGUUUAUCUACUGAUGGAAAACUUCGCCAGUCCAAACAGUUUCAAGAUGCAUUGGAAGUUUUAAGUUCCAAUAAAGAUUUGUUUCUCAAGUUUCUUCAAGAACCCAAUUCAUUAUUCUCUCAGCAUCUAUACAAUCUGCAGUCUGUUCCUCCACCUCCAGACUCUAGACGCAUCACAGUUCUUAGGCCUUCUAAGUUGGUGGAUACUCAAAAGAAAAAUGAAAAACAGGACCCGAUACCAUGGGAUAAAAACAAUUCUGAUCUCUUCUUUUCUCCUGAAUGUUGCAAAACUGAUGAAAACCCUAUACAGCCAACGCGUAUUGUGAUACUAAAACCUCAUAACAUCAAGGUUGUUGAUUCACAUUCACAUGAUGAUGUAUUUGAUGGGGAUCCAGAAGACAGCGAGGUGUUGGAAUCAAGAGAAACUGAAGAAGAGGAGAUUGCACUUAGAAGAGACGAGACCCUUCUUUCUUCUGUUUUUUCAAAUGGUUAUAUUGGUGAUGAUAGUUCAUUUUGUAAAUCAGAAAUUGAUUAUGCAGCAGGGAACCUUAGUGAUUCAGAAGUUGUGUCACCAACUUCUAGACACUCAUGGGACUAUAUUAAUCGGUUUAAUAGCCACUAUGCCACUUCAUCCAGCCGUGCAUCUUAUUCACCAGAGUCAUCUGUCUGUAGGGAAGCUAAGAAACGUCUUUCUGAAAGAUGGGCAAUGAUGGCAUCAAAUAAGAAUCUUCAAGAACAAAGACAGAUACAAAGAAGUUCCAGUACAUUGGGUGAUAUGCUUGCUCUUUCUGAUUUGAAGAAAUCCGUAAAACCAGAGGAAAAAAAACAAGAGUUUAUUAUGGGAUCUAAUGAUUUGAACAAGCGUGAAGAUGAUGAUGAUAAUGAUAAUAGCCCUAGAAAGCUUUCAAGAUCAAAAUCUGUUCCAACAUCUGGAGUUUCAGGUUCCUUGGAAGGGAAAGGAGAUGAUAGCAAGGAAAAGCUUGUGAAAUCAUCAUUCAAGGGGAGAGUUUCAAGUUUGUUUUUCUCCAAAAACAAGAAAUCUAGCAAAGAGAAGUCAAACCAGUCAAAGGAUGAAUGCCCAAGAAAUGAAGGAUCUCCAUGUGUUGAAGACGAAUCAUGUAGUCAAUUAUUAUAUAGAAGAUCACAAGUCAUAGUUUUACCUGAGAAGGCUGGAUUUUCUUGUAAAAAUCCCGAGUUUCUCAGAAACCACAGCAGCGAGAACCAAGACCAACCAAGCCCUAUAUCAGUCUUGGAACCACAAUUUGAAGAAGAUGAUCACACAGCAAAUGCCAAGCUGAAUAAGCAUGAUUCUAUGAAAUACAAGUUGAUUGACAAAUCUCCACCCAUUGGGUCCAUAUCCCGUACCCUAUCAUGGGAUGAUACUAGCCUAGGGUCAGCCACACCGUACUCCGGUAAACCCUCAUCAUCAGCACCACCACUAAACCCACAGGAAGAGGAGCAAGAAUGUCUGUUGUAUGUUGAGACCUUGUUAUCAGUAGCAGGUCUCCAUAAGACCCGAUCAAACUCACUUUUCGCCAGGUGGCAUUCACCCGAAAGCCCAUUAGACCCAUCAUUGAGGGACAAGUACAUGAACCUAACCGAAAAAGACUCCAUUUUGUCGCAAAACAAACAAAGGCAUCAUCAUCAUCAUCAUAGAUCCAUGACAAAACUCGUGUUUGAUUGUGUCAACGAGGCGUUGAUGGAUAUUGGUAGUGGGGGUGGGGCUCACAUGAUGACGUCAGCAUUGGUGGGGGACCGAGUGUGGGCCCGGAUGAAGGAAUGGUUGUUUUCCGGGGAGGAGAGGUGGGGGGAGUGGGAGGAUAGUGAUGGUGAUGGCGGGAGUGUGGUGGAGGAGGUGGUGAGGAAGGAGGUGGUGGGGAGGGGGUGGGUGGAGGGGUUGAGAUUGGAAAUUGAUGAUACAAGAAAGGAUAUAGAAGGGAAGUUGCUUGAGGAGCUGGUGGAAGAGUCUGUGUUGGAGUUGACUGGUAGAGCUUCAUCAGUUUUUUAAUUUAUAUUAUUAUUUUGGGCCUAAAUUAUAACACAAUUAUUUGUGUACCAUUAAAACAGUAUUAUAAUGUCUUGCUAGUUUCCAAAAAAAAUGGUACUUGUUUUGCUGUCAUUUAUUAAGUAUACCA